AAAUACUAAAGUUUUUAUGCAAAUCAAGUAUAAAAAUGACGAAUCCAAUGAGCAGUUAAUCAGGUUAAGUGAAAGCUGAACGAAUAUUUGCAAAUUUCCCGGAGCAUUUUACGUUAUAAGAAACAGGCGGUGCAUAAAAAUUUUGCCAGCAGCCGGGGUAUUAUCAAAGACAGACAAAAUAGCUCAUAGAGAAGUUAAAUAAAACUAACAAGAAGUUCAAUGCAUCUGCAGCGCUUUCUAGAUAUCAAAAUUUAAAAUUGCUUCUGAAGAAGAUAUUUAUAAGUUAUUUUAAAUUUACACGUAAAAAAAUUGAGUGCGGGUAUUCUGAAAGAGGGUGUGCGUGUUUUUUGGGUUUUCUUAACAUCUUUAAACGUGUUUUUUCAUUGCGGUCUUCUAUUUUUUUUUUUGAUAACACUGCCGUUUUUGUAUUUCUGCGGGAAAAAUGGAUGUUUAUGAUGUAAGCGAUGAUUUGGUUAAGAAACUCAAUGAUUGGAAAUUGAUAAGUAUUAUAUCGGGAAAAUUCAAUGAAUUAAAAGAGAAUCACUCCAAAGUGAAUUUUGUGGAGCACGCUUUAAUUGAUUUCAAAUACAUCGAGAAAAUUCUACUGAAUGUUAAAUUGCGUGAGGAGAAAUGCAAUAAACGUAGUUCCGAAUAUCGCAUGUUGGGGAACGAACAGUUUUCAUUGAAAAAUAAGAAAUAUUUUCAGGCAUUGGAAUUGUAUAACAAAAGCAUUUGUUUUUCGGAACCUGGGUCUGAGAAUCUUUCAAUAGGUUAUGCCAAUCGUUCCGCAGUUUUAUUUGAAUGGAAACGAUAUCAUGAAUGUUUAGCUAACAUUGAAUUAGCACGUAAAGCUAACUAUCCGGCACGUUUAAUGCAUAAAUUAGAUAAGCGUGAAAAGGACUGCCGCCUGUUAUUGGCCACCCAACCGCCUGAUGUGCAAUCCUAUCAAUUUCAAAUGGAAUUUGAGCCUCAUUCUCAGGUGCCUAACAUAGCUGAUUGUUUGGAAUUGCGUGAAACCCCAGAAGAGGGCCGUUUCAUAUGCACAAAACGUGACCUGGUUGUAGGCGAUCUUAUUGCUAUCGAAGAGCCUUUCUGUUCCACACUUCUUCCACCUAUGCGAUAUAUACGUUGUGCCACUUGCAAGGAAGAGAAAUAUUUAACCCUCAUACCCUGCGAAACGUGCUGUUCAGUUAUGUUCUGUUCAGAAGAGUGUUAUGAACGAGCUGUUAGUACUUUUCACAAAUACGAGUGCCCGGUUAUCGAUUUACUGCAUACUAUGUUCAACAAAAUUCACGGUAUUGCUUUGCGUGUUUGUCUUACGGCUUUGGAAUUGUUUCCUACCAUAGAAGAGUUGAUGGGCUUCUGCGAAGAACCGGAUAAUCAACAACGUUCUGCUUUUGAUUUGGAUUACGCCAACUUUACCGCGCGAGAGCAUUAUCGAGCGAUACAUGGAAUGGUAACCAAUCAACAUUUACGUUCUGUGUCAGAUUUAUUUCAAAGGUCGGUGGUGUGUGCUGUACUGAAACAUUUUAUGAUCAAUUAUACACCGUUAAAAGAGUUCUUAGGCGGAGAGGAGGGUCAGAAUUUCUUUACCGAAUUAUUGUUCAGGCACUUGCAGACCUCGCCUUCUAAUAUGCAUGGCAUUGAUUUGGUAGAACAACUUAAUGAGACCAAAGACGAUACUACACAUUCGUCCGGUGCCUUUGCUUUCUUAUCACUACUCAACCACUCAUGUGCUCCCAACACGUUACGUAUUUAUAAAGGCUGUAAAGCCUACCUUUUUGUAUUUCGUCACAUACCCGCUGGGGGUGUACUAUACGAUAAUUAUGGAGCUCAUUUUGCGGUAUUCCCUAAAGCGAAACGUAUUGAAACCCUGUCCAUUCAAUAUCGUUUUACGUGCAAAUGCGAAGCUUGUCAAAAUGAUUAUCCCACCUUUGACAAAUUGCAGCCGAAACUUUUUAUACCUUAUGUAAAUGAGGAGAAGGAUAUGAAAAGCUUAAUCGCGUAUGAUUUCGACUUCGCUUUGAAAAACUAUCGUAAAUAUUGUGAAUUCCUUACCAAACAUAAAGAUGCUUAUCCUUGCGAACAAAUCAGUUCGGCAGAGGAGAGUUUGAAGAUGGCUUUACAUAUACUAGUUGAUGCCGUGCCUCUGAAAGCGAAAAUGAAUCAAAGCCCACAAUUUUUUGAACGUUCUAAAUCAUAUGACCAGAAAACAGAAUCGUCGGAUAACGAACAAAAACUCGAAGCUAUCAGAAGUGAAUAAGGAUAAAAAUUGAAAUUAAAGCCAUUUGGAAGAAAAAAACCGAGAUUACCGCAAUGCAGCCAGUAAAUCAAUCACUAUAUCAUCAUCUUUUUAACAGAAUGAAACAUCGUCUAGCGAAAAAAAGAAAAACCUAUUAUAAUAACGAAAUCUAAAAUUCGAAGUCUGUGUUUUCAUGAUCGGGCUUUCGAUUGUUACUUUUUUCCUAUUACAUCCUAUGCGCAUCCUAUUUUGCGUGUUUUUUGAAACAAUCGAAAGAGAUAAUUUUUAUUGUAAAAAUUUUUUCAUAGCACUUUUUAAGUUUCGAAGUUUCUUUAACGUUUCUUUAAAAUUCUCUUUUAUUUUGUUUUAUUUUUUUUUUCCUAACUUUUGUUCAGACAAUUUUCCUUCUAUUCCCAUCUAAAAGUUUACUUACUUUAAUUUAUUGCCAAUUGACAGUGAGACACAGUGAAGAAUUUUACCAAUUAUGAUGAAAAUGACAGGAGCAAAACAAAUAUAAAAAGCCACAAUUAAUAAUAU